AUGCUCCAGUGUUCGCUGUGUGGGUCCAGGCCGGCUGUGGUUCGCCGGUCCGCCUCUGGAGAGCCAAACUGCAAGGACUGCUUCAUCGACUCUUUUGAAUCCGACGUUUACGACUAUAUACGGGAUAAAAAGCUCAUAGAGGACGGCGAUAAGGUCUGCAUAGGUGUAUCGGGAGGCAAGGAUUCGUCAGUUUUGCUCCAUGUGCUCUGGUCUCUUCAGAGGAGAUUCCAGUGUAACUGGGAGCUUUGCCUACUGGCGAUUGACGAGGGAAUAAAGGGGUACAGAGACCACUCGCUGACAGUUGUUGACGCUAUACAGGCCAGAUACGGUCUGGAGCUCAAGAUUUUAAACUUUAUGGACGCCUUUGGCUACUCCAUGGACAAGGUCGUUGGACUGAUUGGAAAGAAGAACAACUGCACAGUUUGCGGGACGUUUAGAAGACAGAUGCUAGAAGUUGGCGCCAGGCUCCUGCGCGCCAAUGUGCUCUGCACGGGGCACAAUGCGGACGACAUGGCCGAGACGGUCCUGCUGAAUAUUUUUAGAGGCGACGUUUAUAAACUCGCCAAGGCAAGCCAGUUGAAGGAUGGACUUCCAGGAGAGGCUCCAGAUGGAGCUGAUACAGAGCAUUGCUCAGAAAGGAGCCAAAAAACGGGCACUCCAUUCCGGAGAAUAAAACCGCUCCUGUACAGUUUUGAAAAGGAGAUUGUGCUUUAUGCGAGAUUCCAGUCCCUCGACUACUUUUCAACGGAAUGCAUCUACUCUCCAGAGGCUUAUAGAGGCUACAUGAGGACCUUUAUCAAGAACCUGGAGCUGAUCGAGCCCAGGAUCAUCCUCAACAUCAUCAAGGCAGGUUCAAUGCUCUACGCGGAUUAUGCACCAAUUGAUGGGUCCAAGGGAGUUUGUGUAGACUGCGGAGUCGUAGGCGUCAAGGACCUCUGCAAGGCAUGCUCCAUCGUUCGGAAACUCGACACACUAGUCGGUGAAACCGGUAACACUAAUGACGGAUGCGCACAGAAGCCAGCAAAGGCCAUACUCUCUGACCGAGGCUUUAAGCUAAACUAUGAUUAA